CAGGAGGCGGAAGCGUAGCGGGGGCGGGAAGGUUGUAGGGCUGCCAGUUGGGCUCUGUUUGCAGGUGUUUAAGUGGUCGCCCCCCUUUGAGAGAGCGAUCUGGACGCGUGGAGGGUCCUGGACGCUUUCGUGGCCCCGGAGAUUGGAAAUUGCUGACCAGUUGCCACUGAACAUAGUUGAAGCAAAAUAGGAAGAUAUGGCAGCAAACUCAUCAGGACAAGGUUUUCAAAACAAGAACAGAGUUGCGAUCUUGGCAGAACUGGACAAAGAGAAAAGAAAAUUACUCAUGCAGAACCAAUCUUCAACAAAUCAUCCCGGAGCUAGCAUUGCACUCUCGAGACCCUCUCUUAAUAAGGACUUCCGGGAUCAUGCCGAGCAGCAGCAUAUUGCAGCCCAACAAAAGGCAGCUUUGCAGCACGCACAUGCACAUUCAUCUGGAUACUUCAUAACUCAAGACUCCGCAUUUGGGAAUCUUAUUCUUCCUGUCUUACCUCGCCUUGACCCAGAGUGAAGAAAAUAUUUGUAGCAAAGGCAACUAUAUCAGAUGCCAAAGCUACUAUCAUUUAGUGCUAUACAAACUGUGACUUACAGAAUUUUGGUGAACUUUUAUACUUUUUGCUUCUUUGAAAGAAAGGUAUGUGUAAGUCAAAGCAGAAGAGGAGGGUCACCGGGAGGAUGCGAGCUUUGGGAAGUGUACUCGCUGAGGAACUGAUGAUGCUACUUGUCACUGUUUUGUCACACAGAACAGUUCGGUUUAAGCUCCAAAUCAGACUCUGGAUUGGAUGGUCCCAUACAUUCACCCCCCGCCCCCAACUAGGUGGCCUGGAUAUAUCAUUGUCCACAAUAGACUUUCAUGAACCAUUUAUAUAUAGUACUUAACUUUAAAAAAAUGAGGGUGCUUUUAAAAAUGUGAACCAAUGGACUUAAAUAAGUUACAUUUAUAUUUGCUGUUUAUAGAAUUGCUAUCAGUGUAUCUUUUGUGUUUAUAGUCAACAUGUCGUCCUGAAAUCUUUAACUCAUAACUGUCUCUCCUGUUUUCAUUUUCAAAGAAAA